AUGCUGCUGUGUUGACUCCUGCAUCCUUAAGCAGGUCGGGAAAAGCCCGCGCGGAGGAAAAUAUCCAUAUGGUAUUAAUUGGGGAAAACGGGGCGGGGGGGGAGAGUUGGAGAGGGGCGUGGUUUAGGAGACUGUCAGACUUGAAACAGCCAAAAGGAAGAGAAGAAAGGAUGGUGAGAACAGAAGAAAGCGCCGAGCUGUAGUCCUAGAAAGUCCGGGGGACUUGACUGUUUGCUGACUGUUUAAAAAGUGAGUGGAGAACCCAGCGCGCGAGCCCAACUGACUCGUGCUGAGCGGCUAGAGACGAUCUUUGAAAAGCAACAACCGGCUUCCUCCAUUCGAAUAGAGGCGCUUAAAUAAAGAGGUUUUAAAUGCAACGCUGUGUGAAGAUCAUGGCAGCCGACACGAAGAGUUCACUGGGCAACAGUGUCUGCCCUCACCGCAGCCGGAGAAAGCUGCUGGUCGCCACGGAUCUCUUCUGCUUGUUCUUAGUGAUUCUUGUCGCCGUGCUUUUGCACAAGUCUGUCUUCCCGCCUUACCAGAGGGGGUUCUACUGUGACGACGAGAGCCUCAGACUUCCCUAUAAGAACAGCUCGGUGCCCACCUCCGUACUCACAGCUAUGGGCUUCACUCUGCCCGUGUUAUCUAUCAUAAUAGGUGAAAGCUUCAGGAUCUUCUUUCUGACAAAGGAACCCAAGUCGUUAGUCGGGAACCCCUACUUUACUGCUUUCUACAAACAGAUCGGUGUGUUCUUGUUUGGCUGUGCCAUCAGCCUGUCCUUCACCAACAUCGCCAAGGUGUCGGUAGGCCGCCUACGGCCACACUUCAUUGACGUGUGCAAACCUGACUUCGCCACCAUCAACUGCUCCCUGGGCUACAUCACGGAGUACAAAUGUCUAGGCCCAGAGAGCCAAGUCCAAGAGGCUAGGAAGUCAUUCUUCUCUGGACACGCGUCGUUCUCCAUGUACACCAUGCUCUACCUAGUGUUUUACCUGCAGUCUCGCUUAACUUGGAGCGGAGCCCGCCUGCUGCGUCCAUUGAUCCAGUUCGCCCUCAUCAUGAUAUCCUUCUACACUGGCCUGACCCGGGUGUCCGAUCACAAGCACCACCCCACCGAUGUCCUGGCCGGGUUCUUUCAGGGUGCCCUGGUGGCCCUCUGGAUCGUUUUCUUUGUGUCCAAUUUGCUUAAGCCCAAAAGAAGAUGGUGCCCUGUGACCCAACCGACGGCGAAGAAAGAUGGCCUUCCUCCAGCAGACACCAAGGAGCAGAGCAACCCUCUGACCAUGGUGUAAAAACAAGGCUGAAAACCAGCUAAAAUCAAGAAAUGAGCAAAACUGUGCCUUUAUCAUUAUUAUUAUUAUUAUUGUUAUUAUUAUUCUCCUGCAGCCACUUGUUCUUACUGAAUGAAAUGGACAUUCUGGAAAGUGCAGAAGUGAACCACAGAAAACAGCUAAAGAAAGUUUUACUUUCUGGAGAACUUUCUUUAAUGUUUUUUAUGUUUUUACCCAAAUCUCACAAGACAUGUGAAUGUGUAGGGAGGUGAGACGGCCUUUUUGGGUUUUUUUUGGGGUUUUUUUGUUACACAAGGAGUAUUUGACCUUCUCUUCUGUUAUGAAGAACUUUUUGGGGGGGGUUUUAGCAAAAAUUCAAACAAAAAUCUACGAAUGGCGGCUGCUAACAAAGCUGCGUGCAGCUUUUCUGCCUUUUAUUCUCCAGCAUGGGCGCUCCACUCAUAGCCCUGCUCCUCGCUGUGUGACUCAUAUUUGGACAGACUAAAAAAAAAAAAAAAAAAAAAUGUUUUUAAAUUUAAAAAAUAAAACAAAUUCCUCUAUUUCAGGAAGGAUAUUGUUUUAGUUUAUUACAAGACAUUGCAUGCGUGACUUUUAAAGCACUAUUUUCCUCUAGUAUUGUUCGUCACGUCUUGAAACGACCUUUUUGAAAAGCUUUUGGAAAGCUUCACUCUGUGUGUAGUUCAGUGUUGCCUCAGACGUUACAGUUAUGUGGAAAAUACAGCGACGAUGUGGGUGGGUUUUAGAUGUGGGCCUCAUUCUGCUGGCUUGGAUGGGCCCCCACUGAGCCGUUUAAUGAAAUGACAGUCUUUUAUAUGUGCCAGACGGGUGUUCACGCGUUAGGUCAGAGUGCGUGUGCAUGCGUGUGCGUGUGUGUUUCAAGGUUGGGUCGUAUAUUUCAGUAUUCAUCGCCUAAAAGUGUGGCAGAGAAGAGGCUCCUGUUUUAGCAUACAAAUGUAUCUGGAGACAAGAAUGAAUGAUGCAAUUUAAUCACAUGUACCUGUUACUUACUUUUGGUUUCCUAUAACACUUAUGGCUACGUAGCUAUGUGUGUGUGUUACCAGUGGAGAUGCACUGACCAGUGACUGGCCAGAUGGAAACUCAAAAAUCUAGUCCUUUCCAACCAGGGAAUGCAGCAUAACGAAGGUGAGCAUGGAGAUGUUAGCCUUUGGCAAUUUUUGAUAUGGACGUUAUUAUAAGCUAGCCAUGUUCAGUGUCAGUGAAAUGUUUUAAAACGAGUCGAAAGAAGAACCAAAAGUUUCAGAAGCCAAGGUUAGCUGUAUUUGCAAUGCUAGCUGCUCAGUCAGUUCUUGACUCCAACACUUCUUGAACAUAUGCAAGUAUGCUAACUACUCUAGUCAUGUUAACCGUUGUAAUUUUAUGGUAAUCUCUGCAAUAUGAUGCCAAACACAUAAUACUCAUAGUAGCUUAUGUUGUAAAAUCACAUAAUUGGGAUGUCGGUAGAGAUGCGCUGACCUACGACUGACCAGUUGGAAACUCAAAAAGUCAGGGAUUGCACUGUAAAGAAGGCUAACAGGUUACACAGCUAGCCUUGACAUGCUUCAGUGUGGACAUUGUUACAUGGAGCUAGCGAUGUUUGGUAUCAGUGAAAUGUUUUAAUCUUGAGUUAGAAGAAGAACUGAAAGUUUAGGAAGCUACUUAAAUGUUAGCCAUAUUUAACAUUUAAGUAGCUGUGGAGGGAUGCCAGCUGCUCUUGACUUCUUUGGGUUUUAAUACUUCUGGACUUUUUCCAAGUAUACCAACUACUCUAAUCAUACUAACCGUUGUAAUAUCUAGGGUCUGAUUCCAAAAACAAUUCAUAAUGUUAACUCUAUUUUCUUCCCGUUUUACCCCUUUCUCACACAGUGUGACUUCGCCUCUGAUCCAAGUACAAUGGCUCAUUUAAAAAUAAUUAAUGAUAUCAAACAGCAAGAAUUCUUUAUUAAAAACAGCUGGAUUAAGUGACAAGUCAAAAUCAACUUUAACUGAUAUUACUAGAUAUCGGCUGCUAAUAUAACGUUUAACUGUAGGAACUGUAGAUUGGAACAUUUUAGCUGUUUUUAGCUAAUAUAUUUUAAAACCCAGACACAAGCUGUACAAAAUUGGAGUUUGACAACAGAACGCUGUUCGGAGAGUCUCUGGAUGACAUAAACCUGAUGCAAUACCUGCAGUGUGCUUGCUUGACUCUGUUGUGAAACAUGUACAGACUCGCUUAUGAAUAACUAAGACUGCCUCAGAAAGUUCACCGUGCCACUACGUGUUGUAAAUUGCUGUAAAGUGUGUCCUGUUUGUGUCCUGCAGAAACGCCCACUAUGACUCUGCGGUGAGACCUGUGUAAAUGUAGAACGUGCUUCUGUGUGAGGCAAACAGCAUCCAGCGAAGUGAAUAUUAACUUGUAUAAAAACAAGAACGAAGCGGGUCAAAACCAGACUCCUUCGGUUCUGGGUUGUUUUGGGUUUUUUUCUGUUAUGAAAACAAAACAACAACAAAAAAACUUUCUAUUUUUGUAAUGUGAAAUUUUAUACCAUAAAGCUGUAUCAAAGAAAGGAUGUCUUUAAUAAAAAAAGAAAAGUGAAGUUGAA